AUGGCAAGCCCAUCUAAUGGGAGCGUCGAGGGGAUUAAUGAAGAAGCCAAAUACGAUCUCAGUUCUAUCUUGCGCUCAGCAGACAUGGAUUACCUUAUUCGCAACAAUGGUGACCAGGUUAAAAAUGAUAAUUUGAAGGGGAAAACAGUUGGGUUGUAUUUCUCCGCAUCAUGGUGCGGGCCAUGCCAGAGGUUCACCCCAAAUUUAGUCGAGGCCUACAAUGAACUCAAACAAGUUGACAAAUUUGAGGUCAUCUUCAUAUUUGCCGACCAAGAUGACGUUUAA